AGGGAGCGUAGUUUUGAGACGCCGCGCCCAAGUCCACAUUUUUACUCGGUCUUCCGGAAAUCUCCGCUGUGCUCCUAUCAGUUUUCACUUUUUCCCUACGUUAAGGUGCACACGGACCUGGUUCCUGUCCUUUUUCAGCCCUGGUACCCGAAAACGGACACGUUGGACUGGGCAGGCAAUCCCAGGAGUGCGGGGCUGACCCAGGGACUGUGCGGGGAGUCUACAUGGCGCAGGUGAUGGCCCCGGGAAGGGCCUCGGUACCGCCUGUGUUCUGUAAACCUGGGACUGUGAGCUUCGCGGACGUGGCCGUGUACUUCUCCCCGGAGGAGUGGAGGUAUCUGCGGCCGGCGCAGAGAGCCCUGUACCGAGAGGUGAUGCGCGAGACCUACGGUCUCCUGACCUAUCUCGACGUCGGAUGCGCCAAACCAGCGCUCAUCAGCUGGGUGGAGGAAGAGUCCGAAGUGUGGGGACCCGGUGCCCAGGAUCCAGAGGUGGCCAUGUGCAGGACAGAAGUCCACUCAGAUUGCAGGCACGAGAAGGAAAGGAAGAGACCAAGAGAAGAGACUGAAGCAAUGCAGAAGACAUUUUCUCCAGAACCUGGGCAGAAGGAGCCACAACUCUCAUUUGCUGUCUCCGCUAGUGGAAUUCAAGCCACGGUCCUAAGGGCAGACAAGCGUCACGGGUGCCAUUUGUGUGGGAAGAGUUUUGCCCGGCGGUCCACGUUGGAGGCACACAUGUACACUCACACAGGUGAAAAGCCGUUUCAGUGCCCAGACUGCAACAAACGAUUUGGCCGGUAUUCUUCCCUGAGCACUCACCGAGCCAUACACCGAGGGGAACGGCCGCACCAAUGUCCUGACUGUGGGAAGGGUUUUACCCAGCGGUGCACUUUGGUGGCACACAUGUACUCUCACACAGGUGAAAAGCCGUUUCAGUGCCCAGACUGCAACAAAUGCUUCGGCAGGUAUUCCUCCCUGAGCAUGCACCGAGCCAUACACCGAGGGGAACGGCCACACCAGUGUCCUGACUGUGGGAAGGGUUUUACCCAGCGGUGCGCAUUGGUGGAGCACAUGUACUCUCACACAGGCGAAAAGUCAUUCAAUUGCCCUGAUUGCUGCAAGUCCUUUGGUCGGCCAUCUUCCCUGAGCAGGCACCGGGCCAUACACCUCGAGGAGCGGCCUCAUCGCUGCUCUCACUGUGGCAAGACUUUUACACAGCGCUCUUCACUCACCAGCCAUCUCCGUGUCCACACUGGGGAGAAGCCUUACUGUUGUGCUGAUUGUGGACGCUGCUUCAGCCAGCGCUCUAGGCUCCAUGAGCACCAGCGAGUGGUACACAGCGGUGUGACCCCCUUUUCUUGCACUCACUGUGGCAGUGCCUUUGCGGAUUCCAAAUAUCUUCGGCGCCACAUGCGCAUCCAUACAGGUGAGAAGCCUUAUUCAUGCCCUGACUGGUCGCUGCUUUCGCCAGGGCACCGAAAUUCCAGCCCAUAGGAGGACCCACACUGGCGAGCGUCCUUACCCCUGCCCUCAAUGUGGCAGGCAGUUUCGCACAAAGUCAGCUAUGACAAGCUACCAGUGGGUCCUUAGACCAGGAUUAAAGGCCAUAAGGACAAAAAAGCCAGUCAGUUAUCUAUAUCCCUGGACCCUAGACAAGAGGACCCGGAUCCACCUGUGGGCUUCUAGCAUUACCCAGAGUUAUUCCAAAAGUGCGGGUGAUGGUCUUAAAGGCGCCAACAUAGAGGGUGAAAUAUGUACAUUGUUUGAGGCCCAGAGGAUUGAACCUAUGGCAUCUUCCUGAAGUCACAGACGUUCUAGGUACUGCUGGUCUGGGCACCGGGUACAGUCUUCUAGGAGGUUUCCAGAUGCAUCUGCACACACUCCGGAUGUACUGUCGUCUUGGCGUCUAUUGGGCUGGGCUGGGCUGGGCAACCCCACUAGAGCUCCAUGAGAAGCGAGGGCCUUUUCCUGGCUCAGAAGUAUUGAGAAGCCUGAGGAUGAAGAGAGCCUCGUUGAAGUCAUUGUGUCUUUAAUGCAGAGGCUAAAGUUGAUGGCUCUGUGUGGGUUGAGCCAGCUGCAUUCUCCGGGAUUGAGUUACUGGUCAAGAGCCUGGUGUGGUGGUUCCUGCCUGUGAUUCCCCCACUGGGGAGGUAGAGACAGGAAGACCAGGAAUUUGAGACCAGUUUGGGUCACCUGAGACUGCAUAUAAACAUAAAUAAAAUUAUUUAUUUCUAAAUAACUGUAAUUAAUUACGGUUUAAAAACCAAAGUAUCUAUGACAUGUACCAAAGGCCUAAGUUUGUAGGUUCUCUGGAAAAAAUCCAAAAUAUUCAGCCCAGCAAACAAGACAGAAGAGUUCUGUGGUCCAUUCUCAGCAUUCCAUACACUGUGUGUGCCGCCACAUGCUUGCUUGCAGCACUUGGUAGCUGGUGGCACAAGGAUGUUCAGAACUUUAAGGCUGCCCUCUGUCACAGACAGACAGACAGACAGACACACACACACACACACACACACACACACCAGUUUCAGAUCAGAUUAUGGCAACAGCCCCCAUGUCUUGAUUUCAGCGUUGGAAGGAGAGAAUCAGGUCUGGAAGACAGUGGAUUUUAGGAUUUUCUCAAUCAAGGAGGGCUUGUAUGAAAUUGGAUGGCAAAGAAGGAAAAAGAAAUAAAGAAACAAAAACCUC